AUGCUUCACGAGUUGCUUUUAGCUCUGGCCGGUUUACCGGGUGAUCUAUUCACGCCUUUUCCAUCACAAACAGAACAUACCUCAACCUUCAAGAUUCCAUCCGACUUCCCUUUCCUGCACGAAGCGGAAAAAAGUUCGCUGGAGCAACUUGUUGUAUUAGGAAAUUAUUACCGGGCCAUUGUCAAUUUCUUGGAUUUUCAACGCGGCAGAAAAGCAAACUAUGCUGAUUCAAAACACGUCACGUCAACCCCUACUGGUUCGUUCUUACAAGCACUAUGUAAUGCGUUAAAUGAAGUUCUCAAGGACUUUCAUAAAACUGUAAUUGAGUGUGAGACGCGAGUUUUAAACAAAGAAGACGAUAUGGGCGGGGUAGUGCCGAUAUCACAAAUUGUGUCUGCCUUCAGGGUGUAUUAUAUUAUAUUUCCACAUCUGCAUCAAUUGACAACUGAGAUAAAUCGGGAGCCCGAAAAAUAUUUCGGAUGUCGAUUGCUCAAUUUGAUCGUCGACAAAUGCAACACGGGUGUUCCUGAACUUCGGGCCAUUAUGCUGAGACUACUUCAUGCUUGUCACGCGGUGAUGUAUAAGCACAUCACUUCGUGGAUGGUUUAUGGUCAUUUGCAGGAUCCUUUUGGUGAAUUCUUUGUAAAGGAUGUGACAUUAAGAGAUCACGACACUCAAGUAGAAGAAUUUAAUCAAUCCAGAUGGCAUAAACGCUUCGUUCUCGAUGAGAGUUUCGUUCCAAAUCACAUAGCACCUGAUAUCGCCAAAUCAAUUUUAUUCGUUGGGAAGGCCAUAGCGACAGUGAGAAACGCUGCAAAACCGCAUGAAAAGAAUUAUUGUUUACCGCGUUCACUCAACUCCCUACACCUUCAACAUCUUUUGGAACUUUCGUCAAGACCGAUAUUUCGUCAAAUUGAGCUAGAAAACACGGUGGACAUCAUUCGAAACAAUGUGGCACAAUGGCUUUGGCAAGUAGUUUUAACCGGUGAUAAAAUCAUAGAGUGUCUGGAGGCCUUUAGAAAUUAUUUUUUGCUAGGUCAAGGAGAUUUCGCGAUUUCACUCGUCGACCAAUUUGAAAAGCUUGCUGCUUCAAAGCAUAUCUCCUCAAAGGUUCUGAAAAUAAAGGAGCAGGAGUUAAAUUCGCUUUUGGUGCGUGCAUCUGUGGGCACACUAGCCGAAAGUGAUUUGACCUUCGAAAAGUUCAGAUUCAAGAUUUUAAAUAAAGAUGAUGAAAUGCCACCCAUAACGAAAACCAACAUAUUUGACAACUACAUGCUUGAUAUUCCUCUCAGGCUGGAAUAUGACAUUGGAUGGCCCCUAGAUUUGUUUGUCACUUCAGAGGACCUGAAUAAAUAUGGUGAUAUCUUUUCAUUUUUGAUUUCCCUUCGACGAACGCAAAUUCGACUUCAGAGAGCUUGGGCGCAUCUUGCGAUGACCAGAAAAUCGACCUCUGAUGUCAUUGGUAAUAAGUCAAACGAUAUGAACUCCCAAAGGUUAAUGCCAUGGAGGGUUCGAGCUUCAAUGAUGUUUUUUUUGGAUUGCCUGUGGGGACAUAUGCAGAUGGAUAUUAUUGAGGCAAACUUUCAAAAGCUUGUUUGUCGAAUCAAUGCUUCUUCAGCGCAUCAUCAGCGGCUUCGAACAAACACCACUACAGAGCCUGACACUCCGACAGCGUCCACACACAAGAAGACAACUUAUCAAGAAAAAGAUUCUCAUCUGACCGAAAAAGAAACACUUCGAGAUUUUGAGGACAUUCGGAUCGGUCAUUCAUCUUACCUUGGGGAUAUUCUACGCGGAUGCCUUCUUGAAUCUCCUAUAUGUUCGGAUGCAAUCAAGAAAUCUCUUAACAUCUGUGAUCAGGUUUGCGGUUUAUUGGAAAGGUGGGAUGGUAAAUUGACUGACAAGGAUAGACUCGAUCAGGUAGUUAAAUUGGAUAAAGAAUUUCGUGAGCAAGUUGCUUUUCUUUUCAGAACGCUCUCCGGUGUAAAUAAGACUGGUGAAGGUUUUGGCGGUCCUCCACGGCAUCUAGACCAAUUACUUUUGCGAAUGGACUAUAGCAAGUGGUUUUCUGCGUGGUCCAAUUAG